AUGGCAGCCAAGUACAGCCUCCCGCCCCUUCCGUACGCCUACGAUGCCCUCGAACCCGUCAUCUCCAGACAGAUCAUGGAGCUCCACCACCAAAAGCACCAUCAAACCUACAUCACCAACCUGAACGCCGCGCUGGCCUCGCAGGCAUCAGCCAUCCAAGCCAACGACGUCCCCCAGCUCAUCUCCCUGCAGCAGAAGAUCAAAUUCAACGGCGGCGGCCACAUCAACCACUCCCUCUUCUGGAAGAACCUGACCCCGCCGGGCUCCCCGGAAUCCAACAUCGACACUGCAGCGCCGACCCUCAAGGCCGCUAUCGAGCAGCGAUGGGGGUCCGUCAAGGGGUUUACGGAUGCGUUCAAUGCCACUCUGCUGGACAUCAAGGGCAGCGGAUGGGGUUGGUUGGUGAGCACCGAGCCCAAGGGGAAGCUGGAGAUCGUCUCGACCCACGACCAGGAUCCCGUGACGGGGGCGACGCCUAUCCUUGGAGUGGAUAUGUGGGAGCAUGCUUACUACCUCCAGUACUUCAACAACAAGGCCGCGUACGCCGAGAGCAUCUGGAAGGUGAUCAACUGGGCUACCGCCGAGGAUCGGUACAAGAAUGGUGUGCAGGGUCCUUCUAUCCUGAAGCUGUAG